ACCACCAUAGAGAAUUUCUCAAUCCCCUCAAAAUUUUUAUUCUUUCAAUGCAAUUUUCUUGUGCCUCUUUUUCCCCACUCCCCCAUUUCAUGCUUGUUGAAUUCUGUGGCCUAUGAGGACCCUACCAAUUCCUUGAUGGAAGGGGCUAUCCAUAUUCUCCAUUAAGGGUCUCAAGAGUUUGAGGUGAGGGAGGGAGAGAUUGUGGUGUGACAUGCCGGGGCUGGGCGUUUUCAGGCUCGGGAGGUGCUUCGACGGGUGCGUCGAGCACGGUGGAGCGUCGGGGUUGGGGACGAGAAUAUGGAAUAUGAGCGACAGGGCGGUCGAGGUGCAGAUAAGGGUAGGAUCAAUAUUGAAAAAGGUGCAUAGUUUGAAGCCAGGAUGCUCAAAGAGGUUGAAAUGCAAGAGCAUUUACAAAGCAUACAUGCCGGGAACAGGGAGGAGUAUGAAGAGCUUGCUUUAUUACUACGAUCAAGCUUCUCAACCUUAUGUUUGGAUACAUGAAACCGGGGGUGAUUCCAUCAGAAUGGUGAAGCAGCAGUACAUUAGUCUUGAGGAUCUAAGGGAGUUUUCCGAGAUCAGAAUCUUUCGAGAUCAUCAGCGUGGCUGCGUAUCCAUUCGCAAGAAACCGAGGCCCGAUUUUUGCUGAUUCUUACCCUCAAUGUCUUCUCUGCUUCUUCCCUUUCAAGCAACUUAGAUCACAUUGUGGUGUGUUUUUCUUCAACACAUAGAAUAAGUACUGUUGCUGUUUUUUUGCAUUGUUUUUCUUUUGCCUUCUGUGUGAUAAUGUAAGUCUCUGUAACUCGGAAACCGUUUGUAUUGGAAAUUUUCCUGUUCUCGAGAAAAUUUUAAGCUCGAUUGGUGACGACUUUCUUUUGAA